CGUCUACACAACCUCCUAGUGAUCUAUUUUCAGCUUCACUCUCUCUCCCCCUCUUCUCUAUCUCGCUCCUCCUUCUCACUCUCCUCUCGCCAUUCGCUGAUCUCUCCCGUGGCGCUCUCAGAUCUUCGCCGACACAGUGACAGCCAGACUAUUGAGCUGACUGUGUCCACGUCUACUCUGCUUGCGACACAGACGACUGGUGCUUUUUGGACGAGAUUCGCAUACUUUUUGUGUGCUGCCUGCUAUUUAUUUCCCCCAGCUUGACAGUUUUUCAUGCGUGGUGUUUUGAGAAGCCUACGUAACUCUAAGAGGGCGGUGUGUAUUUUAACUUUGCGCCUCUGAGUGGUUCAGUGCUGGUCUUCUCGCCUCUGGCCAAACUACUUGUUUUGUUUCUUCUGUAGCCUUUGCUGCGAACAACUCUCACUGUUCACCUGGAGACACUACAGUUCUGUUUGAGCCAUGGAACUUCAAGGAUCUCUCUCCAUCAGUAGUUUCAUCUCUAGAAGAGGAAUUCUGGAGUUUUCUUUAAAGAUCUAAGAGGGAUUUUGCAGUGUUCACCUUCUCGUCUAGUCCAAGGUUUUCUCUCAUUUUCUGCAACUGAAACUUGCCUGGAUAGUGUUUUUUUGUUUUCCCAUAUGUGUUGGAAGGACACCCUUGCACUGGCAUGCUUUUAAGGCCCACCGUGCCGGGGCUGUGCGCAAUGUUGCAGACCAUCUAUGAGACCGAGUCCUGCUUCUCCUCAGACGCAGUGUCCAGCAGGGAGCAACCUCUGGAGCUGCUGCCCCAGUCGCAGGUGUCUGCCAUGCCCAGUGCUGCUGUGGAGGUGAAGACAACUCUCCCCUCGGGGAUGCAGAGCCCUGUGGGCGGCAGUGAGCAGGGUGUUGGCGGUGGCGGCGGUCCCGUGGACCUGAGGACAGAUCCCAGGCUGGGACCCCUGGGCGGAGGAGGUGGAGGAGUGGACCCAGCCAUGAGGGAGCAGCAACUGCAGCAUGAACUGCUCCUCCUCAAGCAGCAGCAGGAGCUUCAGAAACAGCUUCUCUUCGCUGAGUUCCAGAAGCAGCAUGAGGUUCUGACACGCCAGCAUGAGGUUCAGCUGCAGGAGCACCUGAAGGCGUCCCUGCAGCAGCAGCAGGAGAUCCUUGCGGCAAAGCGGCAGCAGGAGCUGGAGCAGAAGAGGAAGCUGGAGCAGCAGAGGCAUGAAGAGCUGGAGAAACAGAGGCUGGAGCAGCAGCUCCUCAUGCUACGCAACAAGGAGAAGGGCAAAGAGAGUGCCAUUGCCAGUACGGAGGUGAAGCUGAAGCUCCAAGAGUUCCUCCUGAGCAAAAAAGAGCCUGGUACACCUGGCGGACUAAACCAUUCCUUCCCUCAGAAAUGCUGGGGGGCCCACCACACCUCUCUGGACCCCAACUCCCCCCCUCAGAGUAACACUCCGGGAACGCCGCCCUCCUACAAACUGCCCCCGCUACUGGGGUCCUACGAGGUUAGGGAUGAUUUCCCUCUCCGGAAGACAGCCUCUGAGCCCAAUCUGAAGGUGCGUUCGCGGUUAAAACAGAAGGUAGCUGAGAGGCGGAGCAGUCCUCUGCUGAGGAGGAAGGACGGGACAGUGAUAAGCACCUUCAAAAAGAGAGCCAUCGAGAUCUCUGUGUCCUCAAUGUGCAGCAGUGCCCCUGGCUCUGGGCCCAGCUCGCCCAACAGCUCCAACAGCGCCAUCGCAGAGAACGGCUCCAGCGGCUCUGUCCCCAACAUUCACGCCGAGCUGCGGUCCCUCCACCAGACCCUUAACGCCGAUGGGACAGUCAGUCCACUGAGCCUCUACACAUCCCCUUCGCUGCCCAACAUCUCCCUGGGCCUACCAGCCAACUCGCACCUCACCGCCAAUCAGAAGCUGUUGCAGGAGGCGGAGAGGCAGGCCAUCCAGACCAUGCGUCAGGGUGGGGCUCUGACGGGCAAGUUUGUCAGCACCUCGUCCCUGCCGGCAUCAUGCCUGCCACCUGGGAUGCAACACGACUUAGACUCCACCCAGGCCCCCAACAGCCACAGCAGUCACUCCUCCCUACUGCAACACGUCCUCCUGCUGGAGCAGGCCCGCCAGCAGAGUGCCCUCCUCUCAGUCCCCAUGUAUGGUCAGUCGCCGUUGGUGACGGGGGACCGGGUGUCCAACAGUAUGCGCACGGUGAACAAGCUACCACGCCACCGGCCCCUGAGCCGCACACAGUCUGCGCCCCUCCCCCAGAGCCCCCAGGCCCUGCAGCAGCUCGUCAUGCAGCAGCAGCACCAGCACUUCCUGGAGAAGCAGAAGCAGUACCAGCUCAACAAGAUUCUGUCAAAAGGGGUGGAGCUUCCUCGCCAACCGCCCACCCACCCCGAGGAGACUGAGGAGGAGCUCACAGAGACGCAGGAGAUGCAGGAGGAGGGGGCAGGGUCUGAGCGUCUGGGGGAGGGGCGUCCUCAGGAGCAGAGGCUCCAGAAGGAAGAGUCGGGGGAGACGUCGCCCCCUUCAGAACGCCUGCUGACCCCCCUGAAGGGCGAGAGCACAGAGAGCGACCUGGAGGAAGAGGAUGAUGAAGACGAGGCCAUCGAGCUGAGGGAGUGUGAUGAGGAGGGCGUACCUUACGGCCAACAUCACCUGCAACAGCUCAAUGUGUUCCAGGCGUCCCUGUCCAUUUCGGGCAUGCCCCACAGACCUCUGGGGAGGGCCCAGUCCUCCCCUGCCGCUGCCAGCAUCAAGGGGGCUCCCAUGGGUGAGGUCCCCAUCAAGCACCUCUUCACUACAGGGUUGGUGUACGACACCUUUAUGCUGAAGCACCAGUGUAUGUGUGGGAACACCCACAUCCACCCAGAGCACGCCGGCCGCAUCCAGAGUGUGUGGUCCCGGUUGCAGGAGACUGGGCUCCUGGGCCGCUGUGAGAGGAUUCGGGGGAGGAAGGCCACGUUGGAUGAGAUCCAGACUGUGCAUUCAGAAUACCACACCCUGCUGUAUGGCACCAGUCCCCUCAACAGACAGAAACUAGACAGCAAGAAGCUCUUAGGUCCAAUCAGUCAGAAGAUGUAUGCUGUGUUGCCCUGUGGAGGCAUUGGGGUGGACAGUGACACUGUGUGGAACGAGAUGCACUCCUCGGGCGCUGUCAGAAUGGCUGUUGGCUGCGUCAUCGAGCUGGCUUUCAAAGUGGCCGCUGGGGAACUGAAGAACGGUUUUGCCGUGGUGCGUCCACCAGGCCAUCACGCUGAGGAAUCCACUGCCAUGGGCUUUUGCUUCUUCAACUCAGUGGCCAUCACAGCCAAGCUGCUACAGCAGAAACUAGGAGUGAGCAAGAUCCUCAUCGUGGACUGGGACAUUCACCAUGGUAACGGGACGCAGCAGGCUUUUUACAACGACCCCAAUGUACUUUACAUUUCCAUGCAUCGCUACGACGAUGGAAACUUCUUCCCCGGUAGUGGGGCUCCUGAAGAGGUGGGGGUUGGACCUGGUGUUGGCUUCAACACAAACAUCGCUUGGACAGGGGGCGUAGAACCGCCCAUGGGUGACGUGGAGUACCUGACUGCCUUCAGGACGGUGGUGAUGCCCAUAGCCAACGAGUUCUCCCCUGACGUGGUCCUAGUGUCCGCUGGGUUUGAUGCCGUGGAGGGCCACCAGUCCCCUCUGGGAGGAUACAACGUCACUGCUAAAUGUUUCAGCCACCUCACCAAGCAGCUGAUGAAGCUGGCAGGGGGACGUGUGGUCCUGGCGCUAGAAGGAGGUCACGACCUCACGGCCAUCUGUGAUGCCUCCGAGUCCUGCGUGGCGGCCCUGCUCGGCGAUGAGUUGGACCCCCUGCCACAGGCUGUCCUGCAACAGAAGCCCUGUCCAAAAGCUGCUGCCUCUCUGGAGAGGGUCAUCGAGAUACAGAGUAAACACUGGAGCUCUCUCCAAAGGUUGGCUCCCACGGUGGGCCAGUCCUUAAUGGAUGCCCAGCGGAGAGAGAAGGACGAGGCCGACACGGUCACCGCCAUGGCAUCGCUUACCGUGGAUACGGAGCAGGCUGCCGCUUCCACCGUCUCCACGGAGACCAGCCGGUCUACAGAAGAGCCAAUGGAAGAGGAGCCUGUCUUGUAACACCUUUGUCUCCACGUCCUUCGGCACUAGCCUUCUCCUGUCAUCCUCUCCUUUUUCCAGCUCUCUCCUCACCCAUUUCCAUUUCCUGAGGAAUGAUGGACUUGUGCUAGCCUCCCUUUCCAACUCACUGAGGUGAGUUUGUUAAAGUGUGUGUGUGGGAGAGGAGAGGCGGGAACACACAGACCUAAAGAGGGCAGCGGCGGAUAUCCGUGAUUGGUGGAAAAGCAGGAAGAGGCGGGACCUUUUGAGGAGCCUGUGUGUCUUGCUUUUUUCUUUGAAUCUUUUUUUGUAAGCAGAAGGCAGUGGAUCCAGGAGGGUACCUCGGCUAUGAGGCCCGAGAAGCUUUGUACAUUUCUUGUCAUACUUUAUACUUUUCAGUAACAUUAGAACUGAAAAGCCAACAAGCAGCAAAAAUAUUUCAACAGUCACAAAUACACUCAAACACACCCGCAUUAUAUUAUACACACUAAGUUCCCAACAGCGGAACAACAAUGGGGUUGUAUCAAUGAAUAAUGCUCUUCCUUUCAGAGCAUGCGUACCUCUGUUCCUAUUUUGUCUGUCGUUUGGUAUUCUCGUGAGUCUAUUCAAUAAUCUGUUCAAAGAAGCACACAAACAUAUGAUAUGUAUGUGUGUGUGUGUAUAUAUAUGUAUAUAUAUGUGUAUAUGUAUAUAUAUGUGUAUAUGUAUAUGUAUAUAUAUAUAUAUAUGUGUAUAUGUAUAUAUAUGUAUAUAUAUGUGUAUAUGUAUAUAUAUGUGUAUAUGUAUAUGUAUAUAUAUAUAUAUAUGUGUAUAUGUAUAUAUAUGUGUAUAUAUGUGUAUAUAUAUGUAUAUAUAUGUGUAUAUAUAUGUGUAUAUGUAUAUGUAUAUAUAUGUGUAUAUAUAUGUAUAUAUAUGUGUAUAUAUAUGUAUAUAUAUGUGUAUAUGUAUAUAUAUAUGUGUAUAUGUAUAUAUAUGUAUAUAUAUGUGUGUAUAUAUAUGUAUAUAUGUGUGUAUAUGUGUAUAUAUAUAUAUAUGUGUGUGUGUAUAUAUAUAUACACACACACACAUAUAUAUAUAUAUACUGUAUAUUCCUUUCACUGUAUCCGAUAUCAGCUGUGGUUGUGGAGGUCGUGCUGUGGAUCCUGCCAAGGGAGACUUACUGGCUGAAGGAGACAACAUAUCUCUCCAAUACAGCCUUUUUUUUUUUUCAGGAAGCCUCAGCUCCCUCCACUUUGUAUGUGUGGUUUUUACCAUUCUACUUUGUUUGGACUAUCAAAAAAGGACACAUGCAUACCCAGAAUCAAAUUUACCGCUUGGUGCAAUGGAAGGCCAUGGAUUGGACGAGGAAGGAUUUUGUGGAAUAAUGCUUAGAUUAUAAACUUUUGUCUCACGCUUGCUGCUGCGACUUGUGGUGGUCAUGAGACUGGAGAAAGACGUUUUUAGAAGAACUUGGUGCCUUUAUAUUAAAUAUCCCUGUUAACACCAACUACACCACCACUUAGCAGAACACAGGACAGAAAGACAAAUCCACACACUUGUUACUCAUGUCUGUUUUGUAUAUUUGUUUGCUUGUUUGUUUCUUUCAAAAUGCCUUAAUUUCCUCCAGAGAAUGCACCAUUUUAGCUAUCUCCGCAGAGAUGGGAGUAGAAUCCUAUGUCCUCUCUCUUUCUGGGUUUGUGUAAUACUCUAGGUCAAAGGUCAGUGUGGCCUUAACAACUGAGGUUUUUUUGCGUCCUUUAUCAAUCCCGACCCGUACAUAUGCGGCUGACGGUAUGAUUGUGAGGAAAUUUGAAUGCUACAACGACCAACUUUCUUUGCUAUGUCACUUCCUGUCACUUGUAAAUACUGCAUCCUGUUCUGCUCUGGCAAACCCCUCAACUUGAGACGGUUCAAUAACGAACUCAUUGUUUUUCCAAUUAAUUUAGAGGGGAAGGACUGAACUUGGUCACUUUUUUUUUUGUAAACAAAUGUUUUAUUUUGUAAAAAAUCUAAACUAAGAUGUAUACGAAUAAUGACAAUAAGUGUUAAUCAAAUUGGAUAUGAAUAUUACAUUUGAGAAGGGUAAAAAAAACAUUUAAUGUUAAAGCCACCUAAGCACACAUCGUGUUAGAUUUGCUAUCAAUGUUUUAUCCUUUUUUCUAAGUGCCAUUUUGUUUUUUCCACACAAAAAAAAAGACAACAGAAAUUGUGAUUUGGUGACAUGUGGAUUGAUCUCAUUUGGCAAAUAACCAUGAGCGAGCACCACUUUAGAUGUUUACACUGCAAUACCCCAAUCCCUCAACUGUUGCCCACUUGUCACCCUUUGUUUGACUUAGUGUCCAGGUGCUGUGUUAUCUGGUCUCUGUUGUUGUCAUCAAUAUUUAUAUUUCUCAAUCAAUGAAAAGUGUUUGCACUUGACACAUAUGAUCAAACAAAUUAAAUACUAAGAUGUCUUUGUCCCACUGAAAAAUAUAUUUUCCAAUCUAUCAUCAUGCUUGAGGAAUUCAUACAAAUCAAGUAUAUCUACUAGAGAAUGGUAACCGACACCUCCCUUAAAGACAUGCUCCGGAACUUUGGCGACUACUAAGUAUUUUUUAAACCUCCGGCUUUGGGCUGGAUGUGUCAAUGUAUAGUUCAUGCAUGCAUAAUCUAUGAGCAGAAUUACUGUCUUACCUCAAUUAGCUACGCAAUCCCUAGUUUAAAAGCCACUUUUUUGGGUGGGAUGCUGUGCUGCGGCAUUUUCCUUAUUUUCCCCCACUUGGGCCAGCCCCCUAGCAAUUUGAGUAAAACCAAUGAGCUUCUGCCCCUCGUCAGCUAGCGAAAUGUACAUGGUAUACCUACAGCGGAGAAAGAGAGCUCAAUGACAUGGUGCACAUAUCUGCACAUAUGUGACGUAAUACACAAUUGUUGGGGGACACUUUUUGCUCUUUGGCACAACUUUCAGAACUACCGGUUAAAAAGUAUCCAAAAGUACCGGAUAAUCUCUUUUAACCAGCAUACUCUCAGGAGAUGAGGUGUUGUGCAGAGCUUGUCUACAUUAAUCAUUUUGUUUUAUUUCAAACAAUGUAACAUAACACUAACCUAGUCUUCUGCAUCUGUCCUCUUUAUUGAGGUAAACUAUCAUUAAGGAAUAGGUUAUUUCUAGUUUUUCCCUGUAAUGAUAUAUAUUUAAUUCUCUACCUGUCCACUCACCAUCGUAAGGUACUUUUGUCCCUUUGUCACACAACUGUAUAUUGAACUUAUCUACAUACUGUAAUAACUAUACAGUGGCGAUGUUUUCAUGAACGUUAAAUGUGUGUCAACGCCUAACUCUCUCACUAGUUAACCUUCUUCAUAUGAAACACAAAGGGCUAGCUUAGUUCAAUCCAAAAUGUAAGUUUUAGAGGUUUUCAGCCCUGUCAUUUGAAGUCUAUAUGACUCCAUGUCCAUCUCAAGUAGAUCAAGCUUUAUGCUCCAAUCCCAAAUGAAUGGGAAGGUUGGACACUGGCACUGUCUAAAAUGUUGAAAUCAGAUCAUCUUUUCCAUUUUAUUUGGGAUUCAAGCAUACAGUGCUAUCGGGAAGUAUUCAGACCCCUUGAUUUUUGUUGUUAUGUUACAGCCUUCUAAAAAUGUAUUUAAAAAAACUAUUUCCCACCAAUCUACACACAAUACCACAUGAUGACCAAGCAAAAACUUGUCUUUUUAGAAUUUUUGCAAAUGUAUCUCAAAUAAAAAAACAGCAGCACCUUAUUUACAUAAGUUUUCAAACCUUUUGCUAUGAGACUUGAAAUUGAUUCCAUUGAUCAUCCUUGAUGUUUCUACAACUUGAUUGGAGUCCACCUGUGGUAAAUUCAAUUGAUUGGACAUGAUUUGGAAAGGCACACUUCUGUCUAUAUAAGGUCCCAUAGUUGACAGUGUAUGUCGGAGCAAAAACCAAGCCAUGAGAUCAAAGGAAUUAUCCGUAGAGCUCUGAGACCGGAUUGUGUCGAGGCACAGAUCUGGGGAAGGGUACCCACAAAUUUCUUCAGCAUUGAAGGUCCCCAAGAACACAGUGGCCUGCAUCAUUCUUAAGUGGAAUAAGUUUGGAACCACCAAGACUCUUUCUAGAGCUUGGCGCACGGCCAGACUGAGCAAUUGGGGGAGAAGGGCCGUGGUCAGGGAGGUGACCAAGAAACCGAUGGUUCCAGAGUUCCUCUAUGGAGAUGGGAGAACCUUCCAGAAGGACAACCAUAUCUGCAGCACUCCACCAAUCAGGCCUUUAUGGUAGUGGUCAGAUGGAAGCCACUCCUCAGUAAAAGGCAAAUGACAGGCAAAUGACAGCCCGCUUGACUAGUCAGGAUCGAGGGAAAGAUGAACAGAACAAAGUACAGAGAUCCUUGAUGAAAACCUGCUCCAGAGUGCGCUGGACCUCAGGCUGGACCUCAGGUUCACCUUCCAAGCACACAGCCAAGACAAUGCAGGAGGGGCUUCGUGACAAGUCCAUGGAUGUCCUUGAGUGGCCCAGCCAGAGCCUAGACUUGAACCCGAUCGAACAUCUGGAGCGACUUGAAAAUAGCUGUGUAGCGACACUCCCCAUCCAACCUGUCAGAGCUUGAGGCUCUGCAGAGAAGAAUGGGAGAAACUCCCCAAAUACAGGUGUGCCAAGCUUGUACCGUCAUACCCAAUAAUACUCAAGACUGUAAUUGCUGCCAAACUGGCUUCAAUAAAGUACUGAGUAAAGGGACUGAAUAUUUAUGUAAAUGUGAUUUACGUUUUUUUUUAAUGUAUAAUCUAAGAACCUGUUAUUGCUUUGUCAUUAUGGGGUAUUGUGUGUAGAUUGAGGGGGGGGGGGACUAUUUAAUCCAUUUUAUAAUAAGGCUGUAAUGUAACAAAAUAUGGAAAAGGUGAUGCCGUCUAAUUACUUUCCAAAUGCACGUUACAGCUGGAGCUACUUAACCAAUGGUGUGGGACUUGGAAUCAUGUUGACAUUGGAGCACCUUCGAGGUCUGAAACUUUGAAUGGUGAGUUAACUACCCCUUUAACGUCAUAGCCCCCAUUGUCAUACCGACCAUGGUUUGCUCUUUGUUGUUCUCCAGUGGUACUACUUCCCAGACGGAGCACAUGAAACCUGAUGUCACAGAAAAAACAGGCAUUCGCCAUUUGAACGAACUCUAAUCACGGUGUUGUCACAAUCGUGUCACCAGGGUAGCAAUUGAAACACUCUACACUUGCAAAAUUGUUGGUGGAUGCCACUGUACUCACAUAUGUAAUGUACACAGUAGUUCCUACUUCCUUUUACAUGUGGCUAUGGUGUGGGGGGUGCUUGCAGUACAUGUGACUACUGUGACCUUGUUUUGAUGUAGAUCAUUGACCAUUUUGAGAUUUGGUGCAUAGUUUUGUACCUCCACCUUGUAUGGCAUAUAUAAGGGUUAUUGGGCUGUCCCGUGGGUGAGAUGGCAUGACAGAAUUACCCUUUUUCUUUAAUUGAACUGUGUUUUGGAGGUCAGAGCUUUUUUCCUGGGGGUAUAUUGGAGGGGCAGCAAAAAAAAAAAAAAA